CAGUGUCCCCCGCUCGUGUCUUUAUAAAUCAAAGCACGAUAAACUUCAUCCACCUAGAACCUCUUCAUCCGGAAGCAUCAUCAUUCCAUAUCCAAUACCACUUCAAGUAUCAUUAGUAGACAAUAUAUCGUCCUAGGAAAUCCGAAAUUGCUAUAAUGAACCGCUUCGAGCAACUCGUCCAAUCCAUCAAGGAGGAAUUAGGGCCGUCCUCCGGCCUGACUUCUGCUGAUGUGAACGUGGACCAUUUAACAUGUAUGAUGGAUCGAUAUAUCUCCGACGAAAAGGAGUGGUCCAAGUUCGCAUUGGCGGAUGCCAACAUGGCGUAUACCAGGAAUCUCGUUGACGAGGGAAACGGCAACGCAAACUUGCUCGUGUUAGUUUGGACUCCAGGGAAGAGCAGCCAUAUCCACGACCACGGUAAGGCACAUUGCCUGAUGAAGAUCCUCCGAGGCAACCUCACCGAGACUCGAUACGACUUCCCCGACGGUGAUGAUAAGAAACCGAUGCAGGUCAAGUCGGAAACGGUGCGGAAGGAGAACGCCGUGGCCUAUAUGGCCGACGAACUCGGACUCCAUCGCAUGUCCAACGAGGGAAGCGACUACGCCGUCUCCCUACACCUAUACACACCACCGAACGUGGCCAAGAACGGAUGCAACAUCUUCGACCCUAAGACGGGGAAGAUGACGCAUAUCUCCAAGUUCGGCAACUAUUCAGAGCACGGGCGGCGGUUGGAGAGCUAGAACACUUGUAAGCUAUGAAGAUAUUAUUAUGAAGAACUUGUAUGGAGUUUUGGGAGAGGCUCUCGGUGUCCAUUGUCCAAGGUGUUUUCCUUGGCGAAAUGAGAUUAGGUUUCCUUUUGUCAACUUGAC